CGAAAGCCUUCCCCAGUUCCCCUUCCUCUCCUCAGCGUCAGCGUCGUGUCUCACUUUUGAAGCGGGCGUCACCACUCCCUUCCUGUUGACACGUGGCCUUCUCAUCAUUCUCUCUCUCUCUCUCUCUCCCCGCUCCUUCGAAGCUCCGCCGUUUCCAUCGGAGCCUCCCCCCCCUUCUCUCUCUUCCUCUCUCUCUCUCUAAAAUCUAAUUAGGAGGUGAGUUUGGUUUUGGUGUUGAAGAUCGCUCGGACCGAACCCGAUCUUGGUGGCUGAAUCUCCGAAGCUGAGGUCGAAUUUGCCGUUGGACCGAGCAAUCCGUACCUCAUCCUGCCAUAUCUAGGGUUUAUUCUGGUAAUUUGAACGGCAGGGUUUGAGAUUGUUUGGUGAAAUUUCGGAAGAAAAAGAAAGAAGGAAAAUUGUUUGCAUCUUUGGUGGUGUUCCAUCAUGAGUGCCGGUGGUGGUAAUCAGUUGAUUUCCGUUCAUCCUGAUGAGCUCAAAUUCCUAUUUGAGCUGGAAAAGCAAAGCUUUUGUGAUCUAAAAGUUGUCAAUCACACAGAACACCAUGUUGCUUUUAAGGUUAAAACCACUUCACCGAAGAAGUACUUUGUACGGCCCAACACUGGUAUUAUACAGCCUUGGGAUUCAUAUGUAAUCAGAGUCACCCUCCAAGCCCAACGAGAAUAUCCUCCAGAUAUGCAGUGCAAAGAUAAAUUUCUUCUGCUGAGUACAACAGUGCCUCCAAAUACUGAUGUUGAUGACCUUCCACAAGAUACUUUCACUAAGGAAACUGGAAGGGUUUUAGAGGAGUGCAAGCUUAGAGUUGUGUAUAUCACUCCUGCUCAAGGAAACUCAGAAGAUGAAGCUAUGCAGAGCUCCAUGCGUAGUCUUGAUACUAAUUCUAAUCAAGCUUUCCAGCGCCUGAAGGAAGAAAGAGAUGCAGCUGUUAGACAAACACAGCAACUUCAACAGGAAUUGGAUAUGCUGAAGAAGCGAAGAUUUCGGAAGGGUGACCCAGGCUUCUCCUUCACCUUUGCAAUUUUAGUGGGACUGAUUGGACUCAUGGUUGGCUUCCUCUUGAACCUUUCGUUGUCUUCACCAUCUACAGAAUGACUUAACGUUUAUUCAGGAUAUCAGGAAAUAUUUUCUUGACAAAUUCAUUGUAUACUUUCUUUGUGUUUCGUUUGCUGGAAAGUUUGCUUUACUUCCGUUUUUGUAUAUUGAUGAUGAUUGUUGCAAAUUUGCAUCGCGAUUAGUUGAUUUAUUGAAUAUGUUUCUGUUUCACCA